CGACGCCGAAUGAACGAAGAGGCUUCUCUCGCAGCCCUUAGCGAACCCACCCGACCAUCAGCAACAAUAAUACUUUCAAACUAGUAACUAUUAAUGCACCGACUAUAAAAGAAAACAUUGUGCACUACCCGCCUGACCAGGGGAACCAAAAGAGGAAUGCAUAUCGCAACGUGAAGCGAUCUUUUGUUAGCCUAGGUGUUUCCCAGUAAACAAAUCAAUACAGCUGGACGGUUGCUGGUUUGCGGAUAGUGUAAAUCGCCUUAUCCUGUCUUGGGCAGUGUCUGACGCAGGACAUUCCAGGGCGAUGAUGCUGGCACUUCUGCUCCUCACCCUGACGGCCCUCGGUGCCCGCGCUGUCUUCGAGGUGCAGGUCCCGGAGCUGCCGGUGGUGGCCCUCUACGGGCAGGACGUGGUGCUCAACUGCUCCUUCUCCCCGGCCACGCCCUUCAACCUGUCCGACCUCAGCAUCUUCUGGCAGCUGACCGACACCAAGAGGAGCGUGCACAGCUUCUGGGACGGGCGCGACCAGCUGACCGACCAGGGCGAGGGCUUCGCCAACCGCACCAGCCUGUUCCCCGCCGAGCUGCGCUCGGGCAACGCCUCGCUCCUGCUGCGCCGGGUGCGCGUCGCCGACGACGGCAGCUUCACCUGCUUCGUGCGCAUCGAGGGCUACAGCAGCGCCGCCCUGCUGGUGCAGGUGGCCGCCCCUUACUCGAAGCCUCAGGUGACGUCGGAGCCGGACUCGAACCUGCGGCCGGGCGAUGAGGUGUCCCUGAGCUGCGUGGCGUAUGGAGGCUACCCACAGGCUCAGGUGCUGUGGCAGGACGGGGCCGGCCGCAACCUGACGGACAACGUCACCGUCUCCCAGGUGGCCAACGAGGAGGGGCUGUUCAAUGUGCACAGCGUCCUGAGGGUGGUGGCCGAGCCCAACAGCAUCUACAACUGCAGGCUGACCAAUCCUCUGCUGGGAGAUGAGGGCCACGCCUCUGCCACCAUCACAGCUCCCUCGGUGACAGGCCUGAGCAUGGUGUUCCCUCCAGUGGCACUCUGGGUGACCGUGGGCCUGGCCGUGUGUCUGCUGGGUCUGCUCAUCGCCCUGGCCGUCAUCUGCCGCAGGAAGAUCAAGGAGAGCUGCGAGGAGGCAGACAAAGCGGAAGAAGGCAAGGAGCUGGAAGAGGAUGAAUCUAAGACAGCCAUGACACCGCUGAAAAGCUGAGGAAGUCCAGGUGUGAGGAGUGAGUGGUGAACACUGUGGACAGUGAGGAGAAACACCCUGGCUUUCAUUUCAGUAUCACCAC